CUCGAGCUCACUUGAUAGCGAUUUUGAUCUAUCGAGACGAGAUCAAAGAAACAGGAAGGUCCUCUCUUAAGCUCGCUAUAUCUUGAUUUAUAAGAACCUGCUUCAUCACUGAACCUCGUUCCAUUUGGUCAUCGUAUCUCUUUCAAAUCCGACAAAGCUCAUUGAGGAAGAUCGACAGGUUCUUGAGAGGAAACUGGAGCAUCGCCCAAUAAUCGGUCGGAAACUUGGAAAUUCUGAGGGGAGUAAAUCGGAUUUUGAGAUCUUAUAAUCGUCGUGGAAAAUUGAAAUCAUCUUAAAUCAUACUCCUCAACUUUCAGUUCUUAUUCCGUUUGCUAUUUUCAGAUCGCAUCAUGAAGAAUCAGUGCAGUCGCGUUUGGCCGUUCUUCUUGGUGAUAUCAGCUCUUUCCUUCAUCCUGCCGCAAGCAGUCGGUGCCUUCUCAGCUAGUUAUGAUCAUCCAAGCGCGCAAGGGCGUGCCACGGAGGAGAGGUAUGCGUUCAUCCACCAUAUGGUCGGAAACACCUACAGCUAUCGAUUGGUUGACUGGAUAACAGAUUUAAUGCAUAUACAAGAAGAUGGCUUUGAUGCAGUUGCCUUGAAUCUCGGACCAGACUGUUGGCAAUCCGCGUCUGUCGCACUUGCGUACAAGGCCGCGUCUCAGCUUGGAAACAAAGUCCAACUGUUCCUCAGUCUCGACAUGACUAGUUGGCCCCAAAGUGGCGACGCUGACGCGGCAAAACUGGCUGCCCUUGUCAACAAUUAUGUGAACCAUCCAGCACAAUUCAAAUACCGCGGUAAAGCUUUCAUCAGCACCUUUGCUGGAGAUCAAUAUCCAGGAUCCUUCGGAAGGGCAACAGUCUGCGAAGGUUGGGAUUACUUCCGUUCCCUCUUAACCACUGCAAAUACGACUGGGACGUUUUUUAUUCCUGCGUUCUUUCCUUCUGACAUCAAGUCGGUAUUGAGCUGCGUCGAUGGACUUUAUCAUUGGAAUAGCGCUUGGAGUCUGACGGCAGAUCCAGUUAGCGAUGCCACCGAUAAGGUACCCAGUCUGAAAAGAGCCUACUAUCUAUCUCUUGUGAUCAUGCUGAAAUGUCCCGUCUCUCAUGUAACUCUGCGUGGUCUGUGGCAGGACUGGAUAAGUAAACUUGGUCCCGAAAAAUCCUACAUGUCCAAUGUCUCCCCCGCCCUAUUCACCAAUUACGGCGCAAGCAGUUUGAAUAAACAAAUUCUUUACAACACUGGCAACAAUUACGCUCAGAGAUGGGCGCAAGUGAGUGCGAUAUCCAGUAUCAAGUUUGUUCAAGUAUCAACUUAUAACGAUUUUGGGGAGUCUAGUUAUAUCGGUGCACGGCCACACUCUACUCAACUUCAGCCAGCCACAACUACCUGGUAGGUUAAUGCGGCAAAUCACCUACCAUGGGAAAGGAUAACCAAGCCUUAUAUCGAGGUGUACAAGACGGGAAAACUCACACUUCAGCGAUCAGACUUGAUUAUCUGGGAAUACCGCCUGCAUCCCAAGUCUGCUGUCGCAGCAAAGGACAUGGUAGGUAGACCCCCCAAUGCUGAUUGGCUUUCAGAUGAGGUAUACGUAACCGCUUAUCUUUCUCAAGACGCAGAAGUAAGAGUAGGUAUGGGACGGAAUUUGUCAACUGUGCUAAUCUUUGCGGGCAAACCGGGUAUGAACCAUUUUGUGGCUCCUUUUCCCGCUUCUCCCGACGGCCCCGUUGUGAUUCGUAUGUAUCGCAAUGGAACAAACGUAGGAGGCUUGCAACAAAGUGAAGUUGAAAUUACCUCUCAACCCGCCACCUACGACUUCAACCCAAUUGUAGAUCAGUUUUUCCACGAUCCUGAUUGGGAGGCAUGUCUUCAAUGAAAUUCCCCAAAACCCUCACCAUUCUACUCUUACUCAUGAAUUUGAGAGCCUUCAUAUCGUUUAAUUUCAUUGAUAUUGAACUCAUCUCUCCUUUCAUGUACAUAGUAUACGCAUAUAGAUUGUUCCAUCCAAGGAACAAGACUCUUCAAUGACCAGCUGCCUUUCAUUUACAACC